AUGACAAGAGUCCUCUUGUACCGGUACUUGCUUUCUCUCAGCUUUUAUCGAUCAAUAACUGUCCAAUCCUUCUCUAUACAGCAUGCAUAUUAUGAUAAUCACGUCACCAACAACAACAGAAUACCUGUAACAUUCUCCUCAUCUCUUCUUCUUCUUCUUCAAGCCUCCUCUGGUGCAUCCGACGACAACAGCAACCAGAAUGAUGAUAAUGAAGAUCAUAAUGAUAAUGAUGAUGAUGGUGAUAUCUGCUGGCAUCCUUGUUCCAUCGAAAUAUCGAAUCUUUCCCACCAAUACCCGGUGACCUUGUGGCGCACGUUGACCUCCAGCGAACCUCGACGAGAAUUUGCCUUGCAAGAUGUGAGCCUGAAAUUGGGACCACACGAAUUCGUACUGUUAUUGGGGGAUUCCUCCUCUGGCAAAUCGACGCUCUUGCGACUGAUUCUCGGUCUGGAGGAACGAAAAAUAGUACAACCCACUUUUGGAACCAUACAGAUUGCUGUUGUGGUUCCUCAUUAUUCCAAGGAGGAGGAGGAGGAGGAGGAUGACGACGACAACGCUACAGAAAUUUUACCGCCACCAGCAGCAGUACCCGUCCUGUUGGAUCAGAAGCCAGUCUAUUCCAAUAAUCGAGGAUCACAGACAGUGCAAAUGAUACUACAAGAGAAACUGAAGAAAAUGAAUAAGGCAUCCACCAUCAUCCAACAUCACGACGAGAAAUCAAGCCAAACGACCUUAUUUCUAAUAAUAGAGCGGUUGUGUGAACUAAUGGAUCUUCCAUUGACCAAGAAAGGUUCCGAUCUAUCACCAUCGGAGGCCUAUCGUUGUGCCAUGACAGAGGCUAGUCUCGAAAGCAUCUUGACGGGGAAAGCAGCAGCAGCAGCAGCAGCAGCAGUAAAUGAUGACGACGACCGCGACGAAACUAGCAAAACGAUUUCAUCAUUUCCCGCUCCUAUACUGUUACUCGACGAAUGGUUGGACAAGGAAACCAGUACGGUGGUACAAAAUGUCCAAACUUCCAUUUUGAAAUUGGUCCAAACAUCUGGCGCCAUUGUGGUAUCCAUUACACACAAACCCAACCUUUACAAACAAUCUAUAAAAGAAGAAGGAGAAGGAGGAGAAGAAUCAUCCAGUCACGUUAGAUCCAUUACUCUGUGUCGAGGAAAGGUUGUUGCUUGA